CCGAGCCGCGCCGACUCCAACGCGCCGGGAGCCGGAGCCGGGAGCCGGGAGCCGGGAGCGGGAGCGGAGGCGCGCAGCUCCCGGGCCGCUCACAGGCUCCUCGGCCAGGGCACCCCGCGAGCAUGCUUUAGAGGACGGCGCCCCCUUGGCUCCUGGUCUCGAAAAACAGAGCCCCUCUCACACCGCGCGCCAAGCCCCCAUCCCUUCCAGAUGCAGAGAGAGGCUGCGUUCAAGCCGGGGCACUGCCAUCCCCUCCGCAUCAUGGGGUCUGUGGACCAAGAAGAACCGAAUGCACAUAAGGUCGCCAGCCCACACUCCGGACUUGCAUACCAUGAUGAUGUCCUGGACUAUGGCCUCAAGCCAUACAACCCCCUCGCCAGUCUCUCUGGCGAGUCCCCCGGCCGAUUCGGAGAGCCGGAUAGGAUAGGGCCCCAGAACUUUCUGAGCCCGGCCAAGCGCGGGGCCUCGGGCCUGAGCCCUCGGAUCGAGAUCACUCCGUCCCACGAACUGAUGCAGGCAGGGGGGGGCCUCCGCAUGAGAGACACUGGCCUCCUGGGGGAGCAGGCGCCCCUGGCGGGGGCGGCCGCCAGCCCGAGGUUCACCCUGCCCGUGCCCGGCUUCGAGGGCUACCGCGAGCAGCCGCUUUGCUUGAGCCCCGCUAGCAGCGGCUCCUCUGCCAGCUUCAUUUCCGACACCUUCUCCCCCUACACCUCGCCCUGCGUCUCGCCCAAUAACGGCGGGCCCGACGACCUGUGUCCCCAGUUUCAAAACAUCCCUGCUCAUUAUUCCCCCAGAACCUCGCCAAUAAUGUCACCUCGAACCAGCCUCGCUGAGGACAGCUGCCUGGGCCGCCACUCGCCCGUGCCCCGUCCGGCCUCCCGCUCCUCGUCGCCUGGUGCCAAGCGGAGGCAUUCGUGUGCUGGGGCCUUGGUUGCCCCGCUGCCCGGAGCCUCACCCCAGCACUCCCGCAGCCCCUCACCGCAGCCCCAGGACGACGGCGCCCCCGCUGGGUACCCCCCAACGGCUGGCUCUGCCGUCCUCAUGGAUGCUCUGAACAGCCUCGCCCCGGACUCGCCUUGUGGGAUCCCCCCCAAGAUGUGGAAGACCAGCCCGGACCCGUCACCAGUGUCUGCCGCCCAGCCCAAGGCCAGCCUGCCCCGCCACAUCUACCCGGCCAUGGAGUUCCUGGGGCCCUGCGAGCAGGAGGAGAGGAGGAACUCGGCCCCCGAGUCCAUCUUGCUGAUGCCCCCGACGUGGCCCAAGCCGCUGGUGCCCGCUAUUCCCAUCUGCAGUAUCCCAGUGACUGCAUCCCUUCCUCCACUUGAAUGGCCACUCUCCCACCAGUCAGGCUCCUAUGAGCUUCGGAUUGAGGUGCAGCCCAAACCACAUCACCGGGCCCACUAUGAGACAGAAGGCAGCCGAGGGGCUGUCAAAGCUCCAACUGGUGGCCACCCUGUGGUUCAGCUGCACGGCUACAUGGAAAACAAGCCGCUGGGGCUUCAGAUCUUCAUCGGGACGGCUGACGAGCGGAUCCUUAAGCCCCACGCCUUCUACCAGGUGCACCGGAUCACGGGAAAAACCGUCACCACCACCAGCUACGAGAAGAUUGUCGGCAACACCAAAGUCCUGGAGAUCCCGCUGGAGCCAAAAAACAACAUGAGGGCGACCAUCGACUGUGCGGGCAUCCUGAAGCUGAGGAACGCUGACAUUGAGCUGCGCAAAGGCGAGACGGACAUCGGCAGGAAGAACACGCGGGUGAGGCUGGUGUUCCGGGUGCACAUUCCCGAGGCCAGUGGGAGGAUCGUCUCCCUGCAGACCGCGUCGAACCCCAUCGAGUGCUCCCAGCGAUCCGCCCACGAGCUGCCCAUGGUGGAGAGACAAGACAUCGACAGCUGCCUGGUGUAUGGGGGCCAGCAGAUGAUUCUCACGGGCCAGAACUUCACGGCCGAGUCCAAGGUCGUGUUCACGGAGAAGACCACAGAUGGGCAGCAGAUCUGGGAGAUGGAGGCCACCGUGGAUAAAGACAAGAGCCAGCCUAACAUGCUUUUUGUUGAGAUCCCCGAGUACCGGAACAAGCACGUCCGCACGUCGGUGAAGGUGAACUUCUACGUCAUCAACGGGAAGAGAAAACGAAGUCAGCCUCAGCACUUUACCUACCACCCAGUCCCAGCCAUCAAGACAGAGCCCACGGAUGAAUAUGACCCCACCUUGAUCUGCAGUCCCGCCCACGGGGGCCUGGGGAGCCAGCCUUACUACCCACAGCACCCCAGGGUGGCCGAGUCCCCCUCCUGCCUCGUGGCCACCAUGGCUCCCUGCCAGCAAUUCCGCUCAGGGCUCUCAUCCCCAGAUGCCCGCUACCAGCAGCAGAACCCAGCGGCUGUCCUGUACCAACGGAGCAAGAGCCUGAGCCCCAGCCUGCUGGGCUACCAGCAGCCAGCCCUCAUGGCCACACCCCUGUCCCUCGAUGCCCACCGCUCCGUGCUGGUGCAUGCCGGCUCCCAGGGCCAAAGCCCAGCCCUGCUGCACUCCUCUCCCGCCAACCAGCAGGCCUCUCCGGUGAUCCACUACUCACCUACCAACCAGCAGCUGCGCUGCGGGAGCAACCAGGAGUUCCAGCACAUCAUGUACUGCGAGAAUUUCGCACCCGGCACGGCCAGACCCGGCCCACCCCCCGUCAGUCAAGGUCAGAGGCUGAGCCCGGGGUCCUACCCCACGGUCAUUCAGCAGCAGAAUGCCACAAGCCAAAGAGCCGCCAAAAACGGACCCCCGGUCAGUGACCAAAAGGAAGUAUUACCUGCAGGAGUGACAAUUAAACAGGAACAGAACUUGGAUCAGACCUACUUGGAUGACGUUAAUGAAAUCAUCAGGAAGGAGUUUUCAGGACCUCCCACCAGAAAUCAGACGUAGAAGCCGCCAUUAGCAAGACACCUUCCGUACCUGUCCCCUCGGAGCCCUCCACGCCCUCCCGUCUUCCUGACGGUCUCCGCCCGCCCGGAGUCCCACGUGGGCAGCGCUCCUCGGGGCAGGCAGCCGACUCGUCCAGGAGCUCGCCACCUCUCCGGAAACACAGCGAGGACGCUCUGCCUUUUGAUUUUGUUUUUUUCUCAAAUCCCAAAGAGCAUCUCGGUGGACUUUAAUGGUGUCCCGUCCAAACCUGAAGUGCCUGCUGACCAAAACCAAAUUCUGAUCAAGACAGCCCGCCAGACCGCACCUGAGAGCGGGUGACGGCACGGCUGGUGGGGGAUGGAAGACGCAGCCCUGUGGUUAAACCCCGUCCUCCACUCAUUUCCCAGCUCCGCACCUUCCGGAAGAGAGGCGUUCCCAAACAGAACAGGCAAAGGAACGUGGCCCAAGCGUCCAGCUCACGGCCUGGAGAAACAGAGGCCAGCCGUCGUCCUUAGGGCCACCCGGGCAUGCCACAGCGGGGCCACGGCUAACACGUAUUCUUAAAUUCUCAUCCGGAAGCAAAACUGUCUGGCCCCUACAAGAUCCCCCGUUAGAACUUCCUGGAGUUAAGUUAUGACAUGUAUGCUUUUUCCCUGCUUCAUGAGGCUGGCCGAGGUGGCUGGAGGUGGCGCCGCCCUGGCCAGCAGCUCCCACCCUGCAGCGCGCCCCAGACUGGAGGUGACCCCGGCUGCAGAGUGAGCGCCCUGGCUGCAGCCCCAACCUAACGGCUCGGCGACGUCCCCGUGCUUCUUCCUAACAGCCAGAGUGCUUUCCCAUCAAGGCGUUACGAGACUCCCACGCAUGUGCAUUGCAUUUUCAGAAGGAAUGGCACAGGGCUAAAGCAACCCCCCUUCCCCCCUAAAAAAAGCACAGGUAUUUUUGUGAAGCGGUUGUGAAAAGAGGCAGUUGGCAGGCCUGAGUGAGUGGGCUCCCCAUAGCAGGGGGAAAGGGCUGAAUUCCCUCUUUCUGGCCUAGACUCCAAGUGGGACACACAAGCUCAGGAUCUGGCCCUGAAGGUCAUGGGUUAUUUUGACCUGAACCUAUUGAAAGCCCCGCUCGGCCCCAAAGACCUUUCUGCACAGCUGCCUCCUCCAGCACAGGACUCAUCUGAGUAGGGCAGGCCCACCCACGGUGCACCCUUAGGUAUGCGUGGCCCCGCCCCCUCGUUUCUCUCCCCUGAGCACAUCCAGGGUCCUCCAGCACCUCCCUCCUUUGGUGCAAUUUUGCCAACAAAACUCUCAAAGUUCUUAGCAGGUGAGUUUUUGUCACAAAGAUGUAUUUUGUUUGCAUUUCCUGCAGACACCCAGGACGCGCCGGGGAUUCAUUCUCAGCCACUCGGUGGCUUCCCUAGUAACUGACAGUGAGUGUAUGCCUGGCGCUCUGCGAGAGGCUGUGCUCCAGAGAUUUCCGAUCAAGUCUGCUAGGUAGAGGGGAUCACGGCAGGUGGGGGUCCCCUGUGGGUUUUCUCAGUGCUGGCUUUCUCAUCGAGGUUCCCCAGAGGUCACACCUCCCCGGGAGCCGGGCCCGGAGUGCAGGACUUGGUGCCCGUGGCCCGGUGUGUUUGGUGCCCCAGAGGGAGGACAGAAUGCCCAGGUUGGGCCUUUGCACCCUCCUGUCUAUCACCUUUUGCUCAAGAUAACCUUUGACCCCAAGGGCAGAGGCCCACGCCUCCACCCACCCAAGCACAAAGUUUAGCAAAAAUCCUUUGAAAUAGACAGAAUGCCAGUAAGAAGGCGACCGCUGCUGCAAAGCUUCGGGGAUGCAGAAUUCUUCCUCAUAGAGAUCCUUCCACAAGCAGCUCUACCCAAAGACCUUUCUCACCAGCAACGCUGACUUCACCGGGAAGAGUUCGAGUGUGCGGUGACUGACGUCCUCUCGCGGACCUGGCCAGGAGCCACUUCUUUUGCACAUGAGGAAAUUUGGCCUUUCCUCAGCUAUCUGAAUGUCUUACCCAAGUGCCUUCCUGCUAUUGUAGCAAAGUCGCUCAGCUUCCCUGAGCAUGGGGUGAAAAAGGACUAAUGUGUUUUCCAUCCAUCUUCUAACCAUGUGAGUGGCAAGGGCCUCCUGUGAGCUCAGACCCCUGUAUGUACACGUGUGUGUGUGUGUGUGUGUGUGUGUGUGUGUGAUACACACACAAACUCUCUUUUUCUAAGACAUCUUAGCUGGAUAUUAUAGGAAGCAUUUCCACAAAACAACGAUCCCAGACAGCAAAGGAAAGAGAAGCAAGGACGUUCGUUUUGAGACAUAAAUAGGCGAGCAAACAUGCUAUUAGGAGCCGACAGCUAUGGAGAAAGUUUUGUCAGUUACAGAUGCCGGAGGAAAUUUUGCCAAGAGUAAUUGCUCACGAACUACUUUCAGGAUGGGAAGAGGCCGCCGAGUCCUCUAAGAGAAGGAGAAAGCAGGGACGUCUACGUGGUGAAGGGGUGUGUGUUGCCCAUGUGUUAGAAGGACCUCGGUGAGGUGGACGUUUGCACUUGCUACUUUCAAGGUCAGUGCGACAGGUAGACUUCUAGCAGAGACCUACCGUGUUGCUGAAUGUAGUCUAUCUCCAAAGUUUGCCAGUCUUCCCGCGUUGUACAAAAAUACUGCUGCUUGAUAAUAUAUAAUAGCGAUCCAAAUUAAUUAGUAUGUCAUUAAAUUUUAUUUUCUUAUCUGUAUUUUUAUGCUUUUUAUCUGUCCUCAACAUAGUGCACCCCGGUUGGAAUUAGAAGAAUAUUUAUAAAUGGUCAGAAGUCUUUUUCCAGUGUAUCUUUUAACAUCUAUGUUGAUUUUCCCCCCUAAGAGAAAUGAUGUAUUCUUGAAAAGGUGUUAAUCAUUCCAGGAAACAAGACAAAACCCCACCUCAGAGGCUGUCAGUCACCUGUCUCCCAGACAGAAGCAUCUUCGGAGAGAGGGGGAGUGGCUUUGUGGCAGAAGGAACCACCUGUCUUGCUUGAGACCAACGCUGCCUG